GAUACUUUUCCAAAGUUGUAAAACGAUGUUGACCAAGAAUGCAAACUAAAUUCCGCCGACGUUUUCAUCUAACGAUAGGGUUUCCAACCAUGACUCUCAGCCCUAUAUUUAACCACACCUUUCUAAAAGUCUUUAGAGAAUCAAAACCAUUCUGAAGAAUAGAAAUCAAGCAAUUUUCUUUUCUAUAAAUUGUUCUUAAAUUUUGCCAAUGGCUUCAAGCAGCACUGAGAUAAUCCAUGAUUGGCCACCGUUCUUUAAAGUCUACAAAGAUGGCCGAGUGGAGAGGUACAUGGUCACACAGCCUGCUCCGGCGGGACUAGACCCAAAGACCGGAGUCCAGUCUAAAGAUGUUGUGGUUUCACCUGUCGUCAAGGCCAGGAUUUUCAUGCCACAAACCACAAGCCCUGGUCAGAAGCUUCCUCUGCUUGUCCACUACCAUGGCGGUGGCUUUUCCGUAGGAUCAGCCUUUGACACCGUGACCCAAAAAUUGGUUACCCAGCUGGUAAAACAAGCCAAUGUCAUUGUCAUUUCGAUCGAUUACAGGUUAGCCCCAGAGCACCAUCUACCAAUUGCACAUGAUGAUUCAUGGGCUGGGCUACAGUGGGUUGCCACUCAUGCAAAUGAACAAGGGCCCGACCCAUGGCUCAAUGAGAAUGCGCAUUUCGGGCGGGUUUUCUUGGCGGGUGAAAGUGCUGGAGCCAACAUUGCCCACUAUGUGGCAGUCCAAGCUGGUGCUGCCAAAUUAGUUGGUUUAAAAAUCAUUGGUAUGCUUAUUGUGCAUCCGUAUUUCGGCGCUAAAGAGGAAAAGGAAUAUGAACUGUACAAGUAUAUUUGUCCAACCAGUACCGGUUUCGACCAUGACCCGAAGUUCAACCCGGAAGUGGAUCCGAACUUGAAGGAAAUGGCAUGCGAAAGGGUAAUUGUAUGCGUAGCAGAGAAGGAUGGGCUUAGACGUAGAGGAGAGGCUUACUAUGAAACUUUGGUCAAGAGUGGGUGGGGAGGAAAUGUGGAAUUUUUCGAGUCGAAAGGAGAGGAUCAUGUCUUCCAUAUUUUCCGUGACAAUGAUGACGCCGAGAUCUUGAAUAAGAAAAUGGUUGAUUUUAUAAAGAAAGAUUGAGCUAUACAUAUGUAUUGUUAUAAUUUUACUACUUAAUUUAUGGACCAAUGGAGUGAAUUUGACUCUAAAGUUGCAUGGUUUACGUUACUUCAGUGAGUCGACCCUCUUAGCGAGGAUGAAGGGGUUGUUAUUCUGUCGUUUUCUAUUAAUAAUAAUCUUUAUUGCUUGGCUUAGUUGUGUUUCUUGACUUUCGUGCA